AUGAAGUUUACCACUCUCUUCACCAUCGCCGUUGGCUUCGCUGGCAUCACCGUUGGCCAGCUCGAAACCACACUCACUUCCGCCGAUUGCAUCAACCUAGCAUUCUGUACCACUGGCACACCCACCCGGUCCAAUGUCUACACUUCCCCGACCACCGACUCAACAGAUCUCACCCGCACCAUCACCGAGCACCGUCGCCAAGUGCCCCCGAGUUCAGCUUGCACAACCAUUACCAGCCGCAGCGACUAUAGCAAAUGGGCAACCCCCAUCUCCACCCACAUCCAAUGCGGUCCUGACGAAUCUAAACCCACCUGUUCUACGUCGUACGAGUGCGGUUGCAACUCCUCUGCAUUCACCCGCGCAGCACACCCCGAGACACAUCUCUGUUACCCUACGCCAAGAGCUCCACUCUCAUCCCCAGACUUUGGCGGCGGUAGAUCUCAGCGGUGA